AUGAACGACACGGAAACAGGUCUACUCCAUGAAGCACUCGCCAGGCUCCCCUUCAGUCUUCUUUGGAGCCAUGCGAUUGCCACGGCCCUUCUCCUGGCCGCCGGUGUCUGGAUCCUCUGUCCUACCCCCGAGAGAGUUUCGGCCCCGUUCGUCGGCUUUGGUUACUCUUGGGAGCCGAAAUUCUUCGCAAGAUUGCGCUUUUCCUCCAGCGCAUCCCUCAUGAUCCAGGAGGGAUACUCUAAGUGGAAAGAUUCCAUGUACAAGAUCUGCCGGCAAGACGGCGACCUUGUGGUCCUGUCACGUAAAUAUGUCGACGAACUGAAGAGCUUGCCGGCCGAGCGGCUGAGCGCCAUCGAUGGUCUCAACUUUGGCGGUCGCUACAGCGGCAUUGAUAUACUUUCCCAAAGCGAUAUCGGAACGCGGGCUAUCCAAGUAAGGGCUCCGCCGGAUCCGAAGGUCCUUGAAGCGAUUGCUGAAGCGGAAGCAGACGAGAAUCACACCCAAUCUGAGCCGUCUGUCGGCGGCAAUGAGAAACGAGCUCGAGUUUGCGCUUCAGAACGAUCCCCUGAUGCUGAAAAUCAUCGGCCGCAUCACGAACCGGCUCUUCGUUGGGCUACCUCUCUGUCGCGACCCAGAAUGGUUCGAAGCCGUCUCCGCCCAUGCGCACAACGGAUCGUCCCUCCGUUCAUCCGACCACUGCUGAACCUCCUUCUUCCGACCCGGUGGAGGUACGAGGCAGCGAUUCGUCGCUGCCAGCGGCUUCUGGUCCCCGAGAUCCUGCGGAGGCGCCUCCAGGGGAGCGAAGGCGGGUACGAGAAGCCGGACGACUUGCUUCAAGGCAUCAUGGACCUUUCGACGGACGAUAAUGGGGCGGAGAAUGUGGCCCAGCGGCAAAUCACCAUCACGCUGGUGGCGGGUCACAGCACGGCCGCGGCGGGCUCCCACGCGCUCUUCGAUCUCGUCGCGAGGCCGCGCUACGCCGAGGAAAUUCGGGCCGAGGCCGAGGCCGAGGCUGAGGCCAUGGGUGCCGAGAAAUAUUCGUCGAACAAGCUGUGGAAGUUGGACAGCUUCCUGCGCGAGUGCGUCCGCCGAUACCCCGCUCCACGUGCCCCCUUGAUGCGGAACUUUAGCCUUCUGGGAUUCCAUCGCAUCGUCCGGGAUCCGGCCGGCAUCACCCUUCACGACGGCGUCCAACUCCCGGUCGGGACGCAUAUCUGCGUCGCGCCAUACUCCAUUUCGAGCGAUGCCGACAUUGUAGAGAAUCCCAACGACUUUGAUGGGCUGCGAUACUAUCGGCAGCGGUGCGAAGACCCGGCCCAUGCGAUGCAGCACCAGCAUGCGACGGCGGACAAGAGCCACAUGCACUUUGGUUACGGCCCCUGGUCGUGCCCAGGUCGCUUCAUGGCCUCGGACGAGCUCAAGAUGAUCCUCAGCACCUUGCUCGUGCGCUACGAGUUUCGCUUCCCGGGCGGCACGUCGCGGCCCGCCAACGGUCAUGUUGACGAGUUUCCCUACGUCGAGCCCAGCACGGCGCUGCUGAUGAGGCGUCGUCGGGACGUCGAUGGCAGUUGA